CAUGAACUUCGACACUUCUACUCCAAAGCGAAUGUGUUCCUUUUAAAGACUUAUCACUUUUCAAGUGGUUCACCCAUUAAAUAUAACUUGUAUAAACUUUUAUUUGUUUUAUGGAUGAGUACAUUUUUAACGAUUAUUAUUAUCAGUGUUUUGUGUUUUGUCAAGGUUCAGUUUGCUGACACAGUGUAAAUAUCUACAAUGGGCGAAGUGGACGGAAACACUGUUAUAGCUCAAGCUUUAAAGAAACAAGGCAUCGACUAUGUCUUCGGAAUCAUCGGAUACCCAGUCAUAGAGCUAAGUAUGGCUCUACAAAUGGCUGGGAUAAACUACAUCGGGAUGAGAAACGAGCAGGCAGCAUGCUACGCGGCUCAGGCUAUGGGAUACUUGACUGGCACUCCAGGAGCUGUUUUAGUCGUGUCCGGUCCUGGAUUGCUGCACACCUUUGGAGGCCUGGCGAAUGCCCAAGUCAACUGUUGGCCGGUACUGGUUAUCGGUGGGUCUGCCCCUGUAGAUCAUGAAGGAAUCGGGGGAUUCCAGGAGUGUAAUCAGGUGGAAUUGGCAAGACCUUACUGCAAAUAUUCCGCUAGACCUGCCAGUAUCUCCCUGAUUCCGCUUCACGUAGAAAAAGCUGUUCGUCUUGCAAAAACUGGCAGACCAGGAGCAGCGUAUCUCGACUUCCCAGACAAUAUCUUGAGAGGUUAUAUCUCAAAAAAGCAAUCACCUUUCAGAUCUACAGCUUUACAGCAAGCAGACGUUAUCCUCCUUUUGGGAGCACGAUUGAACUGGAUUCUCCACUUUGGUCGCCCCAAGAGAUUUUCGCCAAACGUAAAAAUCAUCCAAGUAGACUUAAACGCUGAGGAGCUUCACAACAGCGUGAAAUCUGAAGUGGGCAUUCAAAGUGAUAUCAAAACGGCGGUGAGACAAAUAGCAGAUGGUUUGCAAAAGCAAAAUUAUGUCUACAGUGAUCGUAGCGAAUGGUGGAAACUUUUGAAGAAGAAAUGCCAAGAAAAUCAAAAAAUUGUUAAGGCGAUGGCUGCAGAUGUGUCUGUUCCAUUGAAUUAUUAUGCGGUUUUCAAGAAUUUAUUUGACAGUUUGCCUGAAGACUGUAUCAUUGUUAGUGAAGGAGCUAAUACCAUGGAUAUUGGAAGGUCGAUGUUAUUGAAUAAUCAACCUAGGCACAGACUGGAUGCUGGAACAUUUGGAACAAUGGGGGUUGGUAUGGGUUUUGGAAUUGCAGCAGCAUUAUACUGUAGAGAUAACGAGCCAGACAAAAGAGUGAUUUGUGUUGAAGGUGAUUCAGCAUUCGGCUUCUCCGGUAUGGAAAUAGAAACCAUGGUGAGGUAUAAAUUGCCUAUUACUAUCGUAAUUGUAAACAAUUCUGGAAUAUAUACUGGAAUGGAUCCUGAUGUAUUCAAAGAAAUCAGAGACGUUGAAGUGACAGAAAUUGCAAAGGUAACGCCUCCAGGAUGUUUGUCAAGCGUAACCCGUUACGAAAAUAUGAUGAGUCUUUUUGGCAGUCGCGGGUUCUUCGUUAACAAUGUCCCGGAAUUGAGAAAAGCUGUUAAGGAAGCUCUGACGAUGAAAGAUGGCCCCACUAUAAUCAACGUUAUCAUCAAUACCACAGCUGAUAGAAAACCACAAACGUUCCAUUGGCUAACGGAAUCCAAACUUUGAAUGUUGUAUCUGUAAAUAUUUUAUUUUUGAAGUAAAUUGAAAAUGGGUUUUA